CCGGCGCGCGGGACACGCAGCAUGCGGCUCUCGGCCCUGCUGAACGCGGCGCGGUCGCGGCUGCCCCUGGGGUACCGCCACGGGACGUGGCCCCCCGGCAGCGCGGCCGACCGGCUCCGCAACCCCCCCGGGCGGCGCCGCCGCAAGAUCUUCGUGGAGCCCAUCGCCGACGACGACUGGAAGGUGUUCUGGGGUGACACGGUGCAGGUGCUGAGCGGGAAGGACGCGGGGAAGCAGGGCAUGGUCACCCAGGUCGUGCGCCCCCGGAACUGGGUCGUGGUGGAAGGGCUGAACACGCACUACCGCUACAUCAACCGCACGGCCAAGUACUCCGGCACCUACAUCGCCAGCGAGGCGCCGCUGCUGCUCAGCCAGAUCAGCCUGGUGGACCCCGAGGACAGGAAGCCCACGGAGGUGGAGUGGCGGUACACGGACGAGGGCGAGCGCGUCCGCGUGUCCCUGCGCAGCGGCCGCAUCCUGCCCGUGCCGCCACAGCCGCGCCGCGACGGCAUCGUGCCCGAGAACUGGAUCGAUGGCCCCAAGGACACGUCGGUGGAGGACGCGCUGGCCAAGACGUACAAGCCGUCCCUGAAGACCUUCGAGGAGGAGAUCAUGGACGCCAUGGGGAUUGUGGAGACGCGGAGGGCCAAGAAAUCCUACUGGUAUUAACUGGGGGGGGACUUCCCCCUGAGUCGGGCUCUGCAAUAAACACACCCCUUGAUUUUCCA